AUGCUACUCAUCGUGGCUGCCGUUGUGGCCCUGACUUUGACCCUCUACCUCUACCACGUCAAUCGUGCAAUGACUUUAGUCCCUGAAGAGGCACUCAAAUUCUCACCUCAUCGCUGGACCGUUGAAGAGAUCACGAAAACCUACGAGCAAAGCAUUGGAUCUCCGGUCGACGUGAUCAAGCAUCUGCCUCCUAAGCAGAAUCGUCGCUAUGUUGUCGUUGGUGGAUCAGGCCUCGUGGGUAACUGGAUCGUCACUCAUCUAUUAGCCCGUGGUGAAAACCCAGCAGCAAUUCGCAUCCUGGACCUUCUGCCACCUCGCCAGCAAAUCUUAGACCAGGGCGUCGUCUUCAUCAAGACCAACAUCACGGACAAGACGGCUGCCUCUGACGCUUUUACCCAAUCCUGGCCCAGCAAGGAAAUCGACCAACUCCCCCUUACCGUCUACCACACCGCAGCCGUCAUCCGUCCAGCGGAGCGCCAUAAGGCUCUUCUUCACCUCUGCACAACAGUCAACGUCGGGGGAACUCGUAACGUGCUUGAAGCUGCGCAGACCGCUGGCGCUAGCUGUUUUAUCGCCACGUCUUCUGGUUCUGUUGGACUGCGACGAGCAUCGUUUUGGGUUCCGCCGUGGAUUAGCGCGCCAAAACGUCUGGUUCAAGUCCUGAGGGAUCAAGCCGUUGAUCAACCCAAAGAGCACAACCAAUUCUUUGGAAACUACGCUGUGUCCAAGUACCAAGCAGAGAACCUGGUUCGUGGUGCGGAUAGCGCGGAGUCGGGUUUCAGGACAGGCUGUAUUCGUCCCGCGAAUGGUAUCUACGGCAUUGGUGCGGAUGGCAGUGGUAGCAUUCUUGGACUUUAUUUGCGAAGCGGUGGUAAUCCUACAUGGACAGCACCAAUCAUCCAAAACUUCGUCAACGCCGAAAACGUCUCUAUCGCCCAUCUCCUCUACGAGCAGCAACUCGUCUCUCCAAUUUCAGAGAAUAAAAACAUCGACAUUGGUGGCCAAUAUUUUGUCAUCACAGACCCAAACCCUCCUGUCACUUUCAGCGAUGUCUACCUCUUGCUCACCACGCUCUCCAAAACACCCAUGAACUUCACUUACGUUUCCGCUGUUCCCUUAUUCCUCAUGUCGUAUGCUGUUGAGUUCUAUGCUGUCAUUCAAUAUCGCUUUCUGUCAUGGUUGUUGCCCCCUCUGUCCUGGGAGCUGGCGCAGCUGCAGCCUGCUUUGUUUUCUGUGUCUGAUGUGCAUACUAUCGCGGAUGAAGCCGGAGCAGGGUGGACUGGGGUAUUCUGCGCCUAUCAACACGCUGAAUGGGAUGUGUAA